UAGACAAAAAACUAAACAUUGGUCGGUGCAGAUUGGGGCAGUCAGCUUACAACUCGGAACCUAAAUCUCAUCUCUUUCCCAAUUGACUCCUUCUGUCUCUCUCUCUCUCCUCGCCUUCUGACUUCUCUUGGGCUUCGGCACUCCAACGCAAAUCAUGACUCGCGGUAACCAGAGAGAGAAGGAUCGGGAGAGAGCUCAGGCUCGGGGCGGCAAGGGCAGCAAGAACAAAGACGAUGGCUUGACCCCAGAACAGCGCCGAGAGAGGGAUGCCAAAGCACUUCAAGAAAAGCUGGCCAAGAAGGCUGAUAAGGGUGCAGGGGCUGCCGGAGCUAACUCCUCCUCUGGAGGUAAAAGCAAAUAAUACCAAAUAAAAGAGUUGCCUCAUUUGGGACGCUUGGUUUUUGGCUUGAUUUGUGGUUCUUGUGAUUUCCAUGAUUUGUUUUUCUUAUUGGUAAUGGUGUGUGAUUAAUUUUUCAAUUACUGAUGUCUGAAUAAUACCUAUUUCCUAAUUAUUGAUGUUGGUAUAACAUAAAAGCCUUUGUGGGUUUGUGUACUUCGAUUCAAAAUAAUCAAAUUUAGCUGAUGUUUUAAAGUUUGA